AUGCAAAAUUCAGGUAAUAAUAACAGUAUUAAUUAUGGUAAGAACAUUAUGAUUCCAAAUAUGCCUAAUAUUCCCAACGCGCCCAAUAUACCCAACUCAGUCAAUAUGCAAAAUAUAUCUGGUUCUCCAAAUAUACCUCAUUCUCCUAAUUUACCAAAUAUACCUAAUAUACCUAAUUUACCAAAUAUACCUAAUUUACCUAAUUUACCAAAUAUUCCCAGUAUACCUAAUUUACCCAGUGUACCAAAUAAUGGUAUAAAUAAUCAAAAUGUGAAUAAUACUCAUUUUUUGAAUAAUUCAAUUAAUCAAAUGCCUAUGCCUUUUAUUCCUGGAAUGUUGCAUAAUGUAAACACAUGUGAUUAUUAUAAUAAAAAUAUGAUACAUAUGAAUUCGAUAUAUGAUAAUUACAACCCUUUAAUGUAUGCACAACCCAAUAAUAUGAAUAUACCUUUACCCCCAAAUAACAUAGAUAAUUUAAACGACAUGUCAAUGCAUAUGAAUCUCAAUAUGAUGAAAAUGUACAAUAAGGAUUUAAUGUUAAAUAAAAACCCAAAAACUAUGAGCAAUAAUUUAAUGAACUUAUCGAAUAACAUGAGCUUAAAUUAUAUGAAUAAUUACAAUAUAGAAAGUCACGGAUGGUGCGAAAUGGUAGCCAGGAAUGGAAGAAAAUUUUAUUAUAAUUCUAUAACAAAAUGCUCAAAAUGGGAAAAGCCAGAUGAAUUAAAAACUCCCGAAGAAUUGAAAAUUUCUGAAAAAACAAAAUGGAAAGAAUAUUCAUGUAGUGAUGGAAGAAAAUACUGGCAUCAUGAAGAAAAAAACAUUAGUGUAUGGGAGGAGCCAGAAGAAAUUAAAAAAAUAAAAUUAGAAUGUGCUUCUGCAAAGGAUGAAGGUAAUAAUAAAGAUAACAAAGAGGAGAAUAAGAAAAAUGCAGAAAAUGAAACAUUAACCAAUGAUAAUAUGAAUAAAAAUAAUAAAACAUAUGAAGAAAUAAAUAAAAAUUAUGGAGAAUGCAAUAUCAAGGAAAAUAAUAAUAUUAACAGUCAUACUAAUUAUAUAAAAGAAUCAAACUUAAAAAAUGAAAUAAAUCAAAACAUAUAUAAUAAUAUUGAUGAAAAAAAUAAAAAAAUUGAUAAGGAUAAUAUGGUAUGGGAAAAAUUUGAAGAUAAAAAUGAUGCAAGAGAACAUUUGAAAAUUUUAUUUGAAGAAAAAAAUAUAAAUCCAAAAAUGACAUGGGAAAAUGCUUUAAAAAUUUUAGAAAGUGAUUCAAGAUGGUUAAGUUUAGUUAUACUAACGAAAGGAGAAAAAAGACAGUUAUUUUCUGAAUAUAUUAGCCAUGCUGUUAAAAGAGCUAAUGAAAAUGAAAGAAGAAAAAGACAGAAAUCAAGGGAAAUAAUUUUCCAAACAUUAUUAAAUUGGGAUAAAUUAAAUGAACGAUCAUCUUAUAUAGAAUUUGCUUCUGAAUUUUACAAUGAAGAAUGGUGGAAUUGGAUAACAGAAAAAGAAAGAGAUGAAAUAUUUCAAGAUUUUAUUGAUGAUUAUAAACAUAAAUUUAAAGAAAUCAGAAGAAAGAAAAGAAAAAAAACAGUUGAAGUUUUAAAAGAAAAAUUUCAAGCAUAUGCAGAAAAGAAAAACCCAUUAAAGUGGAAAGAAAUUAAAGUUUAUUUUAAAGAUGAUGAAGAUUUUAAUUCUUUACACAAAAUAGAUGCUUUAGCUGCUUGGGAAAGCUUCUUUGAAAAAUAUCACAAUCAAGAAAAAAUGGAACUUAAAAAGAAAGUAUAUAGAAUAUUGAGAAAAAAAAGAGAUUCCUUCAUUGAGUUAUUAAAUGAAUAUUACGAAAAGAAUAUCUUAAAUAUCAAAACACAGUGGAUAUAUUUUGUCUCUAAAAUAUAUAAAGAUCCUCGUUAUACAGAUUUAUUGGGGCAACAAGGGUCAUCACCCAGAGUAUUAUUUGAGGAAUUUAUUGAAUCUCUACAGGAACAGUAUUUAAGACAUAAGGCAUACAUAAAAAAAGCAUAUAAAGAAAUGGAAAUUGUUGUAGAUGAAAAUACUACGUUUGAUAAUUUUUUACAAACGUUUUCAAAAGUACAAAACAAAUAUAAAAUUCCACACGCUAAUAUGAACUUUAUAUAUCUUUCUAUACUUAAAAAGAUAAAAGAAAAAAAAAAUAAAGAAUUAAAACACAUUAAUAAAGUAGCCAAAUUUUUAACAAAAAUUUCGGAACUUAAACCGAAUAUGACAUAUAAUAAAGUAAUUAGUAUAAUUAAAUGCUCAAGUAAAUGGCCAAUAGUAUGCAACUUAUGCCCAAAAGAAGAACAAAAAUUAGCUGCCUAUAACAUAUGGAAAUCAUAUAUAAAUUCAAAAAAAAAAGAUCAUUCGAAUGAUUCAUCAAAUUAUAACUCAAAUAAAAAUUUUAAAAAUUCAAGAAGAAAAGAGACUCCAAAAUCAAGUGAAGAUGAAGAAGAAGCAGAAGAAGAAGAAUAUGAUAAUAAGACACAGUCAAAACAUAAGCAGUAUUCUAAAGAAGAUUCUGAUUCAAGUGCUCAAACAAUUGAAUCUUUACGUACUAUUGAUCAUCCUUCUAGCUAUCUACAUUAG